AUGGAGGAAGAAGAAUACGAGGAAGUUGUGGAGCCUGCACUCGACACCGUAGCCAUUGUGACGGGCAAAAAACCGCUGAAUGACACAAACUUUCGCUGCCGAGUUACUCGAGGCUUUGCGGCAGCUGGAUCAAACACGGCCCAGGGCUGGGGAGCAGAAAUUGCCUCAAAACAGCCCGAUAUGAGGCAGCUUGAAAUGUACGCGCUGGUUACGAGGGAUGCUCUGUUGGACAUGCUACUCACAAACAAGAAGGAGCUGGUGGAAGAUGCAAAGGUCAAGGGCAACCAUGGCUGCAGUGACCAAGAGACUGUGGAGUUGAAGGUUCAGAGAGGAGUGAGCAAGAUUAACAGAGUUACAAUCCUGGACUUCAGCAGAGCAAAUUUGGGCCUGCUCAGGGACCUGCUUGGGAAGUACUACAUUGAAGAGACAAUUAUUGAGGAGGGUGAACCACAUGAGGUGAUCACUGAGAUCACUGAGACCGUUAGCACAGACUUCACAGGUCCUACAACUACCACCUAUACUGUUGAGCAUGGAAGACCUACUGUUGAGCAUGGAAAACCUACUGUUGAGCAUGGAAAACCUUCUGUUGAGGAUGCAGCACCUCCAGUCAGAAAGAAGAUAAUCCGGACAAAAGUGGACACAUCAAAGUUUUUGACGCCUUAUCUGCAACACAGUAAUAAAAUGAAGGACCUAUUCAGCGAGAACAAGUACAAAGAAAAGUAUAGAAAAGAAAAAGGAAAGCCAUAUGCUUCCACAAUUGAUACCCCAGAAAUUCGGAGAAUCAAGAAAGUGCAGGACCAGCUCAGUGAGGUUAAAUACCGCAUGGCUGGUGAAGUUGCUAGAACUAUUUGCCACGUUGAUGAAAAGGCCAGGGAUAUAGAACAUGCAAAGAAGGUGUCACAGCAAGUGAGCAAGGUAUUAUAUAAACAGAACUGGGAGGAGAAUAAGGACAAGUACCUGCUUCCCCCUGAUGCUCCAGAGCUUGUGAAUGCAAUAAAAAACACAGCAAUGUUCAGUAAGAAACUCUAUACUGAAGACUGGGAAGGAGACAAAAGCUUAUUCUAUCCGUACAAUGACAGCCCAGAGCUCAGAAGGGUGGCACAGGCACAAAAGGCUCUGAGUGAUAUUGUCUACAAAAAAGGGCAUGAUGAACAAAAAACUAAAUAUACUCCUCUGCCAGAUCCACCUGAUGUGGAACAAGCCAAGAAAGUGACAAGGCAGCUGAGUGAUAUCGUUUACCACAAGGACUAUAAAGAUAAUAUCAAAGGCAAGUGGAGUCAAACUCCAUGCUAUGAUGUUGCAGUUGCAAAAAUGAAUGCAGAAAAUAUAAGUAUGAGAAAAUACCAGGAAGACUUUGAAAACAUUAAAGACCAAAUCUACUUUAUGCAGACUGAAACUCCAGAAUAUGAAGCUAAUAAACGACUUUCAAAUAAUGUCAGUAAGAAAUUAUACAAAGAAGCCUAUGAACAGUCAAAAGGAACCAGCAUGAAUUACUGUGACACACCAAAGUUCCAGAUUGAUACCGCUCUGAAGAAUUUUAGUGAUGUAUGUAUUUGA